CAUUUGUCAUUUAUUGUCCUCAAAAUACUCCUUCAAUUGAAGCUCCACCUUUUAAUGUCAUCUGAGACAAUCAGGAAAUAGAGGUUAUCUUCUUCAUGGCUCAUUCACAGGAGAUGCACCCUGAGAGACAUAACAUCCAUCUUCAUAACGGACAGGAGAGGUACAAGAUGCAGCACUGGAAUACUGAAUACUUCAACUGGAAGGAAUAAAAAACACAAAUCAAAGUGAAAGUAACUAAGGGAACUUCUUGCAGCAACAAGGGGAAACUGACUGUCUUCCUGUUUUAGCGUUCUGCCUGGUGUGUUUCAUUCGAUUCUCUCAAGGACAAAAUGGCUUCCUGUUCAGAGAGGGAUCUCACCUGUCCUGUCUGCCAGGACAUCUUUAAAGACCCUGUUCUCCUGUCAUGUAGCCACAGCUUCUGUAAAGCCUGUCUGCAGAGAUGGUGGAGAGAGAAACUAAUAAAUGAGUGUCCGGUUUGUAAGGAAAGACCUUUACCUAGUGAUCCACCACUUAACCUGGCAUUAAGAAACCUGUGUGAGAACUUCCUAACGGAGAGAGAUCAGAGGGGUUCAGCUAAGUCAAAGUCUCGCUGCAGUCUGCACUCUGAGAAACUCAAACUCUUCUGUCUGGACCAUCAGCAGCCAGUGUGCCUCGUCUGCAGAGAUUCAAAAACACACAACAACCACAGAUUCAGACCCAUCGAUGAAGCUGCACAGAAUCACAGAGAGGAGCUCCAGAAAUCCCUGAAACCCUUACAGGAGAAAUGGAAGUUCUUGAAAGAAAUGAAAGGAAACUGUGAUCAAACAGCAAAAUACAUUAAGGUCCAGACUCGACACAUAGAAAGGGUUAUUAGGGCCGAGUUUAAGAAGCUUCACCAGUUUCUACAAGAGGAAGAGGAGGCCAGGGUUGCUGCUGUGUGGGAGGAAGAAAAGCAAAAAAGUAAAGUGACCAGGGAGAAGACUGAGUCUGUGAGCAGAGAGAUAGCAGCUCUUUCAGACACAAUCAGAGCCACAGAGGAUGAGCUGAGAGCUCAAGACGUCUCAUUCCUGCUCAACUACAAGGCUGCAGUGGAAAGAGUCCAGCAGCGCCCCCUGCUGGAGGAUCCAGAGCUGGUCUCAGGAGCUCUGAUAGACGAGGCCAAACACCUGGGCAACCUGACCUUCAACAUCUGGAACAAGAUGAAGAAGGUGGUCUCCUACACUCCUGUGAUUCUGGAUCCAAACUCUGCUCAUCCAGAACUCAUCCUGUCUGGAGAUCUGACCAGCGUGGGACGUGGACAGAGACAGAAGCUUCCUGAAAACCCAGAGAGGUUUGAUUCAUUCAUCUCCAUCCUGGGCUCUGAGGGCUUUAACUCAGGGACUCACAGCUGGGAUGUUGAAGUUGGAGACAGUACAAGCUGGGUCCUGGGUGUUGCAGCAAAGUCUGUCCAAAGGAAGGGAGACAUAAAGACUGGAUUGUGGCGAAUAGGCUUAUUUAAUGGUAAAUAUGCAGCGGCCUCCCCAUCAGAUCCACGUAUUGUUCUCUCAGUGAAUAAGAAUCUCCAGAGGAUCCGAGUUCAUCUGAACUGGAACAGGGGAAAACUGUUAUUCUUUGAUCCUGAUACCAACACACACUUGCACACCUUCACACACACUUUCACUGAGAAGCUAUUUCCAUACAUCAGUAAUAAGCAUGAACACCAACUAAAAAUAUUACCAUUGAAUGUCUCUGUAACAGUACAACAGCUCAGUGAGUGAUGACGAUAGUAAUAAUCUCUUAAAUGUGAAUACCAAACAAUUAUGGGUUAUUUUCAAAUCUCAUUGUCUUUGUAUUUACAGUGUGUUAAGUAAUAAUUACAGUACUAUCUUUUGUGUGUCAAAUGCUCACCCUGUAGGUUUGCAGGUUUGAAGCUUUCUCCUGCAGUCAGCCUGAAUAACAAGGCAAAACUAUACUGUAUCAAAAUGUACAUAGAAACUUCUCAAAACACUUCAGUAAAACCAGCUUCUCUUUUUAUAUACACUUGAGAUUUCUUCCUUGUCUUUAUGGUGAGCAUUGGUUGGGUGAGGAAAUGUUGACUGAGGCAAUAAAAAAUAUAUUUGACUUGA